GGGGAAGGUGCCGGGCGUGUGGAGGUGCAGGAGUCACUGGAGGGACAGGCAGCUCAACAGCCUGCCACGGACGGCUGCAGACACCCGGCGGGCACCGGCCGCGACACCGGAGCGACGGACUGAGGGGUGUCGGCCGGGAUCCAGUGCUGUCGGGCGGCCUGCUCCACACCCGGACAGCGACGGAGGCCCGCCACACCCUCGGGGUCGCGAGAGGUCACCAGUCGCGAGAGGUCAACAGACCGAUCGGGCACAUCACCGGGCGCCAUGAUGGUGGUCAGCAACAGGCUGCGCAAUGUGUCCAGCCUGACGUGCCUGUGUCUCCUCGGCCUGCUGAUCGUCACUCAUUGGCAAUUCCUCGGUCACCCGGCACGCGGCGGAUACGUGGAGUGGCUGCCGGAAAUGCUGUCAUCCUCCCAGCCCUUUCUGCCUGCGCCUCCCGAUGACGACGAGGAGCUGGCCCGCGCGCUGUACCACUACCUGUACAACCCUGAGCUCUGCUGCAAGCGACUGACGCUCUUCGGCGGCAUCUCCGUCGGCCGAAAGAUCGACGGCGACAAGUUCAUCUGCCUGGACCCUGAGUACGCGCCGUCGCCGGGCGACUGCCUCGUCUACUCCGUCGGCAUCAGCUACGAGUGGAGCUUCGACCGCGACGUCUCCGACUACGGCUGCGAGGUACAUGCCUUUGACCCGUCGAUGGAUCCAUGGGCACCGAACGUGACCUCGUUCGGCGCCCGGUUCUACCGGAUCGGCCUGGCGGGCCGUUCGCGCGUCGACCACCGCGGCUGGCGCGUGAUGACGCUGACCGAUCUGCGCGCCCUGCUCGGCCACCAGCGGCGCCAGAUCGACUACCUCAAGGUCGACAUCGAGGGCGCCGAGUGGGACUGGCUGAGCGGCGACAUGGAGAGCCUGCGCGCCGUCCGGCAGAUGGGCAUGGAAGUGCACAUGAACGUGACGGCCACCGAGCUGCGCCGCUACUACCGCGCGCUCCGCGAGCUGCGACGCGUCGGCUUCAGGACGAUCCACUCCAACAUUAACCGCGUCGCCGGCAAGCGCAGGCUAGUCGCCGGCAUGAAGGGCUCGUGGGAAACAUGUUCGAGCUGGUCUGGGUGAGGACGUGAAUUCCUGACGACUUGCUUGCAGCCUGAGGUUCUGCUUUCACUCCAGAGACAUUUACACAACUCAUCUUGGGUGUUGCGGUUCAACUUUGUUGCUCGUUUUCUACGCGCGAUCCGAUGUGCAGUAGCGAAGGCUGUGAAUACAUGAGGUACUUUAGCCACGUGGUAUCAUGUGUCAUGUGGUCCGUCUGUAACGUA